AUGAAGGUCGCGCUCUCUUCGGCCUUGAUCGCCCUGUCUCUGACGCUCGUCGCGGCGCCGAUCGAGGUGGCUGAAGCGACCCCGAUCCUGGACAAGCUGGCCGACAAGAUCGGACGGUUCGUCAGCAAGCCCCGAAGUUUUACGAGCGCCAUCUACGCGCGCGCCACGCCGGACCAGAUUGUCACUUCGACGGGCGCCAGGCCCGCCGGCCAGGCCAAUGCGCUGGGGCGGUACAACGUCUACCUCGACUCCAAGUCCGACACCGUCUGCUGGGACAUCCUGCUCGAAGGCGUGACGGGCGAGUACAUGUCGCCCGCCAGGACGGCUACGCACAUCCACCAGGCGCCGCGCGGAGCGGCCGGCCCGCCUCGGAUCGCCUUUCCCAACCCCGAGUUCGUCAAGACGCUGGCGGGCAAGGAGAUCCGCCAGUCCAAGGGCUGCAUGAAGGGGCCCUUCGUCACCGGCAUCAAGGCGCCCGCCGGCGAUCCCAACGGUGUGGACACGGGUUCCGCCAGCGGGUUCCGGGUGGGCGACAUCGAGGCCAACGUGGCCAACUUCUUCGGAGACGCGCACACCAAGCAGUUCCCGGACGGCGCGGUCCGGGGCCAGUUUAUUCCGUCCGAACGACCCGUCAAGGCGCCCCGCGAGUUUACCUCGGUCCUGCGCACUCGUGCCUCGCCCGACCAGGUCGUCAACCCGAGCGGGACGGUGGGUGUGGGCCAGCCGGGCGCCAAGGGCACGUUCGAGUUCAAGAUCAACACGCACCACGACAUCCUCUGCUACCGCAUCGAGGUCUCGGGCGUCACCGGAGACUACCUCUCGCCCGCCAAGACGGCGACGCACGUCCACCAGGCCGCCCGCGGCGCCAACGGCCCGCCUCGACUGGCCUUCCCCAACCCGCAGCCCGCCUGGUGGGCGUGGAACAAGAAGACGGCCAAGCGCACCUCGUCCGGAUGCAUCAAGGGCCCCUUCACCACGGGCCUCGUCGGUGCCGACGGCAGCGAUACCGGAUCCCAGAGCGGAUUCAGCCUCCAGCAGCUUCAGGACAACCCGAGCGCCUUCUUUGCCGAUACCCACACCGAGGCCUUCUCGGCGGGUGCUGUCCGCGGCCAGCUUGAGCGCGUCAAGUGA